AUGGCGCCUCCGUCGACAAAAGAGGUCGAGUUUACUCCAAGAUGCUCGGAAGAUGUCAUCGAUUCUACAAGCACAAACCUUUCUUCCGCCACGGAUUCUUACGAGUUCGACUGGUCUCCGAGUCAGCAAAUGAACCUGAUCGGAUACUACUACUUCGGUUAUGUUCCGUGCCAUCUGUUCGGUGGAAGUUUGGCCUUCAAGUACGGAUUCAAAAGAGUUUUGAUGAUCAGUGCCCUUGGAGCUGCUUUGCUUUCUGCAUCUUUCCCACUUUUCGCGAGAACAAACUACUGGCUGGCCGUGGCAAAUCGGGUCGUUUUGGGAGUCCUUCAGACAGGCUGGUUUCCAUCGAUUCAAGGUGCUUGGGGCCAUUGGGCGCCUGAAAAGGAAAGAUCUACCCUCAUUAUGAUCCCUUUUGCUGGAGCUGGACUCGGUUCAGUAACGACAUUGAUGGGUGGCGGAUUGAUUUCAAAGUAUUGCGGCUGGGAGUGGCUUUUUUAUAUACCAGCUGCGCUGAGUUUUACUUGGGCUUUGUUUUGGAGCUACUUUGUCUAUGAUACUCCUGCACUCCACCCUAGAAUCACCAAAGAAGAACUUAUGUUGCUUCCAAAUGCGGAGAAAAAAUCGAAGAAGCAGUCGAUUCCUUUCCGUGAAAUGGUCAAAUCAAAGGAAGUUUGGGCGUUUGUACUCGCUCAAAUUGGGACAAACUAUCAAUUCUUCAUGGUCGCCACUCUUUUCCCUCAGCUGAUGAAGAAUCUUCUUGGACUUGAUGGUUCGCUUGCUGGUCUUAUCUCUGGCCUCUCUAUUCUCGUCCAUAUAAUUUCCAUUUUGCUGCUUGCAGUUGUCUGCGAUCGGAUGGCGAGAAAGAUCGGUCUUCUAAAAAUUAGAAUUUGGUACAUUGCUCUUGGAUUUUUCGUCAUGCCUCUUACCCUUGCUUUUGCUCACGAAAAGAUAAUAGGUUGCAGCGGAAAUGCAGCCUUUUGGGCUCUUAGUUUCACGAUGAUUUUGAUGGGUUUCCAAGCAGUUAGUGUCAAGAGUAAUCCAAAUGAUCUGGCUCCAACUCUUGCAGGAGUCAUCAAUGGAUUGGCAAAUGUAGCCGCGAAUACAACCGGAUUCUGGGGACCUGCGAUUGCUGGCAUUUUCUUUGACCGCUACGGGCACUCGGAAAUUUCAUAUGGAUAUCUGUUUUUGAUUGGUAUUUUUAUCAAUUAUUUUACGGGCAUUUGCUACAUUACGAUGUUUUCCGUUGAAGAACAGCCUUGGUCAAAGACAAACGAGAGUAAAUCCGAACUCAAGGACGACCUUCUGGACACUUCAGAGAGCUAUCAAACUAGUAGCUCAAGUGAUGGAGAUUCAAAUGUCCUUGACUCAAGAAAAGAGACUUUAGAAUCAACUUGA